AUGAAAAUUUCAGUAGUAACACCUUUAUUAUUAACUUUUCUUCUGCUAACUACUGCUCAUGGUGGUCAUGAACAAGAAUCAUUAAAAAUCAAACCACAAGAUUUAUCAUGGCAGGACUGGCAUAUGAAGGAAGAACAUGGGUUAGAAGAAUAUGAUGGGAAAACAUUUUUUAUAUUACAUGAUUUGAAUAAUAAUGGUAUACUUGAACCCAAAGAAAUAUUAAAUUUGUAUGGAUUGGUACAUAAAAUCAUUAUUGGUGAUGGAUCAGGAAUGGGACAAGAUAAAAUUGAAGUGACACCUGAACUUCAAAAACAAGCUGUUGAGAAUAUUUUCGAAUUGAUACCUCAUGGCAAUCCUGAAGGAAUUUCCCAAAUUGAAUGGUUGAAAUUUUAUGAAAAUGGUGGUAGAUUACCUGAUUUAGGAUAUGGACCAGGUCAUCAUUUGGGAUUUGAAGAAGAAUAUGAAGAACAUCAUUGGAGAAAAUACCAUGCUAAUGAUGAUCCUGAUGUUAAAGUGAAACAUAAGGAGGAUAUUGAACAUGAGUUGUUACAUCAUCAACAAGAGAUUGAAGAGACUCAUGAUAGAUCGAGUCGAUUGAAGAAGUUUGUUGGUGAUUACUGGUCGGAGAUUAAUAUAGAAAACCUUAAACCAAAAUAUAGAAAGCAACAGAAAUAA